AUGCCUCCUAAAGCGAGCGGUAAAUCAGCGAAGAAAGCUGACAAAGCCCAGAAGAACAUCAUCAAGACUGCCAAAAUCAAGAGAAAGAAGAAGAGGAAGCAAAGUUACGCUAUCUACAUCUACAAAGUCUUGAAGCAGGUUCAUCCAGAUACUGGUGUUUCAUCUAAAGCCAUGAGCAUCAUGAACAGCUUCGUCAAUGACAUCUUUGAGCGUAUAGCUGCUGAAGCAACCCGUUUGGCUCAUUACAGUAAGAGAUCAACCAUCACCUCACGGGAAAUUCAAACAGCUGUUCGUCUUCUUCUUCCUGGUGAACUUGCCAAGCAUGCUAUCAGUGAAGGUACCAAAGCAGUCACCAAGUACACCAGCACAAAGUAA